CGCAGUUUCAUUUCUCAAGCAGGAAGCCGCAACUCCUGGUUGAAUCUUGUCUCCAAAGCAACUGGUUGAAAAUUAGUACUUCAUUUACUCCUGAUUCAACUCAUUAAAACAGGUGCAGAACAAUGGCUCUGACAACCAGUUUGCCAUGGAAUGUGGAAAAGAGGCUGCAAAAAUUUCUUGAAAAUGUUUCUUUUACACUUCUUUAUACGUCUAAGGUUCAUCAAUGGGGCAUUUCUGAAUUUCUUACUAUGUGCGCUAGCCAGGGACCUACUCUAACAGUGUUUCACAUAGAUAGUUAUAUUGUUGGGGUCCUGAUGACUGGUAAUUAUCCAAGAAGAUCUGAAAAUUCAGUAGGACCCAUUUCUUCCUUAUUUUUUUCAUAUAUAUGUGACAAAAAGAGUACAAUGUCAACUGAAUUUUUAAAUAUAAAACACAUUAGAAGUCAUAAAAGCAUACUUAUAUUUGACUUCUUUGAUAAUAACACUUUCCAUUUUAAUCCCUACGAAAAUAAAUUUAUCUUACAUGAUUCAUUAGCCAAGAAAUUACUAGGUUACUCUUCUGAUAAAUUCAUAUAUCGUGAAUGUGAAGUUUUUCGGGUUGAAGGAAUUAAAUUUGGUGAAGGCUACUUAAGCAAGCUAGCAAGAGCCGAGCAGCACAGGCAUAGUCUCCUAGAAGAUCUCAGAAACUUCAAGGUCUAUAGAGAGUUAUUUUCAGAAAUUCAUAUUCUUUUGUUGGGUCCCAUUGGGUCUGGAAAAUCCAGCUUUUGCAAUUCAGUGAAGUCUAUAUUCCAAGGCCAUGUGACUCGUCAGGCUCCAGUGGGAUCUGAUUUCUGCAGUAUUACUGAACAAUAUAGAAAAUAUUCCAUUGGAGAUGGAAAAUAUGGUAAAUCUCUGCCAUUUGUGUUGUGUGACACUAUGGGCCUUGAUGAUACAGAGGGAGCAGGAUUGUGUGUGGAUGAUAUACCCCACAUCUUAAAAGGAAGUAUGCCAGAUAGAUAUCAGUUCAAUCCUCAAAAAUCAAUUACACCCCAGAACCCUACCUUCAUAACCUCUCCAUCACUGAAGGACAGAAUUCACUGUGUGGCUUUUGUCUUAGACAUCAAGUCUACCUUGAAUCUCUCCUCUGAAAUGGUAGCAAAGCUCAAGCAAAUUCAAAAAGAAGUAUUAAAUCAUGGUAUAUCACUUGUAGCCUUGAUUACUAAAUUGAAAGAUUGCAGUGAUAUUCAAGACAACUUUUUAAGCAUGAAUAAAUUCAUAACUUCUAGCCCCCAGAUAGUGAAUUUCUCAAAAAUGCUAAACAUCCCGAUGUAUAAUAUCUUCAUGGUUCAAAACUAUGCUUCAGAACUGGAAUUGUAUCCCUUAAAAGAUAUUCUAAUUCUGACUGCACUGAAACAGAUGUUGCGUGCUGCAAAUGCUGCCUUAGAGGAUUUGCCUCUUGAAGAACCAGUUUAAGUUAUGGGAAUGUUCCAGCUCUGAAUGUGACAUCAGUUGUAUUGAUUCUGACAAUUGGCCUAACCCUCGACUGGCACAACUCAAUUGGAGUUACUCUCUGCCGACAGUCUUAUUGUGACGCUAUUCAUUUGUAUGUUGUCUUCUGUUCCAAUGACAGGCAUGAAACUGGUGUUUCCUUUAGGAAUAGUUAUACCUUAAACCCAAGACCAACUAAGUAGUCAUGAUAUAGUACCAAGCCCCCUCCAUAUUUGUGCACUAUUUACAAUUUAGUUUUUAUAGUAUACUUACAAACAUCCUCAAAAAUUAAACAUUGCCUUUCUCACUCUUCUUUAGCCUUUUAUAUAAAGUUCUUUGAGUACUAAUCACACACAUGAGUUAUUACAAAAUAAUUGCAUACUUUAGUAAAUAGGUUGUAAAUUCUAUAAAAAUAGGAUUUUGUAUGUUUUCCUCUUUUAAUAUUCACCAUACUUAGCACAGUGUCUGACUGAGAGUGAGCAUGCUUGCCAUUAUUUAGCCUUGUACUUCUCCACAGUAGCAAGAACCUGUAUUCUAAGUUUGUCUUUUUAUAAAAGAGGUGAUAGGGAGAGAAUUCAAUGUUGGCAAGUAGAAACAAAAAUAGGUUGGGAGAAUAUUUCACUUAUUUCUGAAUAAAAAUCAACUUUAGGUUAAUUAAAAUAAAUAUUUUAAUGGACUCAACUAUAUUCUGUAAAAGUAUUGUUUCUUUUUGUAAAGAUCCUAUCCUUGUUUUUCAUAAAUUAAAUUCCAAGUCAUUCUUCCCACAUCUCCAAAAGAGAGUACCCAAAUUGUCUGGUAGUUCAAAUUAAAAAGAAAUAAGUCUUCUCUCAACAAAUUCUGAAACCUUAUGUACACAGAGAAAAAAAAUUGACAACCUCUUUGGAGACUUUUGAAAAUAUUAAGAAUAGACUUUCAUAUAUCCCUGCACUUUCUCUCUUGGGCAUCUAACCCCAAAAUAAAAAUAAAAACAAAAACAAUUUAAUGUGAAAGAAUAUGCCACAUUCUUUAUUGCAUUAUUUACAAUAGCAAAGAUCCAGAAACAACCCAAGUGCCUAAAAACAGAUCAGUAGAUGAAGAAAUUAAGGUAUAUGUACAUACAAUGCAAUACUACUUAGCUAUGAGAAGAGACAAAAUAUUGAAGUUUGAUGAAACUUGAAUGAUAUUGGAAGAAGUCAGGUUAAGUGAAGUGAGUCAGAAAGAAAUUAACAAACAACAAAUAGUCUAACUCAUUUAUAGAAUAUAAAGAAACAAAGAAAUGGGGUAGAUCCCUAUUGAAACAGCCUUGAGAUACAGUCAACAGAGCUGUGAUCUGAGGGGGCAGGGCUGGGGAAGAGGUCCAUGGAUAAUAGAUAACUGGUACACUGGUUGUGGGUAUUGACUAGGAGCUCUAAAAGUAUAAAACAAUAAUAUAGCUCUUUUGUAUUAUUACAAAAAAUUAAUUUUUUAAAAGAAUUUUCUGUCUCUGGCUGACACCCAAGGACAGUAGGUACAAUGGCCAGAGGGAUUGCCCCAUAGCUAGAGAAGCCUUCUUCAUGAGUGGGGGGGAGAAGGCAGAUGGAAUAGAGAAAGGAUCACUAAGAAAAUGAUGGCUGGAGGAAACAGUUGGGAUGGGAGAUGUGUGCCGAAAGUAGAUAACGGACCAAACAUGAUGACCUCUCAGUGUCUGUGUUGCAAGUCACAAUGCCCAAAAGUAGAGAGAGAGAGUAU